AUGUUACCGAGUGGUUCACAGUUCUACGGUGCUGAUCCGAUCUACGAGAAGAAUGCAGAACUCUACUCGGAAGUUGGACAGUUCUUUCCGUUAGCCGUUGGUAACGAAACAAAAGUUUCGAAAGCCUAUGUCAUGCCUAAGGAACUGGGAGGUUACGCUUACAAGCUUCUUAGUAUUCCAUUCACUAAUUAUUUUGGUUUUAAUAUAGAUAAAUGGGACAAAAAGCGAAGCUGGGAGAUAGCCUAA